GGAGUCCGGGAAGCCUGUGUCCAGGCGGCGUCUGCAUCGCUCAGUCCAUGAAGAUCCCGCGGGAGCCCAGGGCCGGCGAGUUCGACAAGCUGAUCAAGCGGCUGAUGGAGACGCCCAACGCCCGCGGCAUCAUCAUCUUCGCCAACGAGGACGACAUCAAGCGGGUGCUGGAGGCCACGCGUCGCGCCAACCUGACGGGGCAUUUCCUGUGGGUCGGCUCGGACAGCUGGGGCUCCAAGAUCUCGCCCAUCCUGCGGCAGGAGGAAGUGGCCGAAGGAGCCGUCACCAUCCUGCCCAAGCGGGCGUCCAUCGACGGCUUCGAUCAGUAUUUCACCUCGCGCUCCCUGGAGAACAAUCGCCGCAAUAUCUGGUUCGCCGAGUUCUGGGAGGACGAUUUUAAAUGUAAACUCACCCGCCCGGGGGCGCAGCUGGAGGAGGCCGCUCGGAAAUGCACCGGUGAGGAGCGCAUCGGGCGGGACUCCACCUACGAGCAGGAGGGGAAGGUGCAGUUUGUGAUCGACGCCGUCUACGCCAUGGCCCACGCCCUGCACAACAUGCACCUGGACCUGUGUCCCGGCGCCCCCGGGCUCUGCGAGCGCAUGGACCCCGUGGACGGGCGCACCCUGCUGCACUACAUCCGCGGGGUCACCUUCAACGGCAGCGCCGGGACCCCCGUCAUGUUCAACGAGAACGGAGAUGCCCCCGGGCGCUACGACAUCUUCCAGUACCAGCUCACCAACACCACAGUGCCCGGGUACAAAGCCAUUGGGCAAUGGACCGAAUACCUGCGCCUGAACAUCGAGGAGAUGCAGUGGUCCGGGGGCCAGCAGGACAUCCCCUCGUCCGUCUGCAGCCUGCCCUGCGGGCCGGGCGAGCGGAAGAAGAUGGUGAAGGGUGUGCCCUGCUGCUGGCACUGCGAGCUCUGCGACGGGUACCAGUACCAGCUGGACGAGUUCACCUGCGAGACCUGCCCCUUCGACAUGCGCCCCAGCCCCAACCGCACGGCCUGCCGGCCCACGCCCAUCGUCAAGCUGGAGUGGAGCUCGCCCUGGGCCGUGCUGCCCGUCUGCCUGGCCAUGGCCGGCAUCCUGGGCACCACCUUCGUGGUGGUCACCUUCGUGCGCCACAACGACACGCCCAUCGUCCGGGCCUCGGGGCGGGAGCUGAGCUACGUGCUGCUGACGGGCAUCUUCCUCAUCUACGCCAUCACCUUCCUGAUGAUCGCCGAGCCGGGCGUGGUGGUGUGCGCCGCCCGGCGCCUCUUCCUGGGGCUGGGCAUGGCCCUCAGCUACUCGGCCCUGCUCACCAAGACCAACCGCAUCUACCGCAUCUUCGAGCAGGGCAAGAAGGCGGUGACGCCGCCCCGGUUCAUCAGCCCCACCUCGCAGCUGGCCAUCACCUUCAGCCUGAGCGCCGUGCAGCUGGUGGGGACGCUGGCCUGGCUGGGGGCCCUGCCGCCCCACAGCGUCAUCGACUACGAGGAGCAGCGGGUGCCCAACCCCGAGGCGGCCCGGGGGGUGCUCAAGUGCGACAUGUCCGACCUGUCGCUCAUCUGCUGCCUGGGCUACAGCCUGCUGCUCAUGGUCACCUGCACCGUCUACGCCGUCAAGGCCCGCGGCGUCCCCGAGACCUUCAACGAGGCCAAGCCCAUCGGCUUCACCAUGUACACCACCUGCAUCGUCUGGCUGGCCUUCGUGCCCAUCUUCUUCGGCACCGCCCAGUCCGCCGAGAAGAUCUACAUCCAGACAACGACGCUCACGGUCUCCAUGAGCCUCAGUGCCUCAGUUUCCCUGGGGAUGCUCUACGUGCCCAAGGUCUACAUCAUCAUCUUCCACCCCGAGCAGAACGUGGCCAAGCGCAAGCGGAGCUUCAAGGCGGCGGCCACGGCCGUCAGCGCCUCCACGCGCCUCUCGCAGAAGGGCAGCGAGCGCCAGAACGGGGCUGACGCGGCCCCUGCGGGCAAAUAGCGGGGCCCCCCAGGCUGAGGAACGUGGGGUACCCGGAGCCAGGAACGCGGGGUGCCUGGCGCUGACCCCCA